AUGAAGCCCGUGCUCAUGAGGAAGGGACUCACAAUGCGGCCGGCGGAGGAGGGAGAUGCGGUGAUGGGUACCUACCGUACGGCACUUGGCGACCUCAUGGAUGCGCUACCAGGCAGCAUGGUGGCUGCCAAGAUCACCGCAUCUGAGGUCGUGGCCCACACCGCGGUGGCGAUUCCGCGCACCAAAGGCGGAGCACUGGUCCCCAAGGGGGCGUUCAUCAAGGCAAGCCCCAAGGAGAAGUGGUUCACUGACUUUGCAUUGAAGUCAGGCAAGAAGGAGGAGUGCACGGUGGAGGGGUUUGUCGUGGAGGAGUUGACACGGGUGAAAGUUGUGCAGACAUUUGGCGUGAUGCCGGCUGCUGCGUUUUCUGCGAUAAAUGGUGUUGUGGACACAUUGAAGGCAGUUUUCCGGACGUGGUUUCUACGAACGGCAGUCACGAGCACGGAGUGGACCCGUGCGGGCAUUUUUCCACGGCCGCCGCUGCACGAAGUCCUGUACAAGCUGUUCAUGGCGUGCAAGUUGACGAUGCCGAGGACAAUCCAGAGGAGUUGGUGGCGGGCCGGUAGCGUGCCGAAGGGCUGGCUGUCGCGGAUGGACAGCUUGAAAGGGAAAGCUGCGGCAGGGAUGUUUGACGGUCUGGUGCUGCAGUUGACGAGUCUGCAGCUGGUGAUUGAAGAGUUCAAAGGCAAGUGCAGCAGUACGGUGUUUAUGACGGCGUGGGAUUUCGUGGGGUGUGACGAAGGCCUUAUUGAGAAGUGGGCGCCAGCGAGGGUUUUGGAGGACGAGUCCGAGGAUGAGAUUCCGGCAUAUUUUUGCAUUCCGGAGGGGCCGCUAAUGCGAGACAGCCGUAGCUGUCGCCGCGUGAGCCGCAUGGUCCAUGAUGGUUUCGUGAAGCAGGCGGAGGCAUUGGGUAUUCCACUGCGCGACGUGCCAGAGGAGGCCGGAGUGGUGAAUGAGGAGGUGGUGAGCCGCCUUCGACGCACGCCCACUAAGCGCAACCGGACGGGCCGCUCUAGUGAUGAGGGGAUCGCGUCUGACGCGUCGGAUGAGGCACGCCAAUCCCGGAAGGCGGGGGUGCUGUUCCCAGUGGAGGAUGACAAAGAGAGCGUCGUACGCUUGGUCUAG